UUCACGUUUGGUAUCUGGGCGAGGUCUCUAUCCUAUUUGAAAGUUGCCAGUGACUAACUUUUUGUUAGGUUAUAACUGGGGGCGAUUUUUUCGAUUCCUAGAAUUUAUUAACUGGUUUAGUGAUGUUUUCCUGUGAAUAACCAAUUCUGGAGAACCAAUUCAUCGCGAAUUUAGACAAGCUCAACCACUUUAAUCAUGUGAUAAUUCUUCCGAAACCGCAAAACAACUAGUUUAGUUCAUGCAUCGCAGAAUCAUAGUCCAAACCAACAUGGACCCGCUCACAGACUACUCCGAAGUGUACCAGAGACUGCCCCUAAAGGUAUACCUAGCUUACGGCAUGGGCCACGUCCUAAACGACGUCUGUGCCUCCAUGUGGUUCACCUAUUUGCUGGUAUUCUUGCAUUUGGUGCUAGAUUUCACCAACGCACAAGCCGGCGCCCUCCUCCUAAUAGGACAAGUCGCCGAUGCUCUUGCAACACCCUUUGUCGGGUACUACUCGGACCAAGGGGACGACUUCUUCAUUUGUCGUUACGGGAAACGGAAAAUCUGGCACCUUUUAGGCACGAUUUGCGUUAUUUUAACGUUCCCUUUUAUUUUUGCUCCCUGCGUAGGCUGCGAGGAUGCCUCCAAGUGGAGCAGGAUGAUCUACUAUUCCAUGUUUAUAGUUAUUUUUCAAUUCGGCUGGGCCGCAGUGCAAAUAUCACAUCUGUCACUCAUUCCUGAGAUUAGUCCAAAUGAACAUGACAGGACUAAAUUGACAGCUAUCCGUUAUGCUUUUACGGUGCUGGCGAACGUUUUGGUCUACGUGGUGACUUGGGCAGUGCUUCAUUUGGCUGGGAACGACAAUAACAAAAUCAACUGGACGGAUGCUCCGAAAUUUCAGCAUAUAGUUUGGGGCGUUAUGAGUUUUGGAGCGGUCUGUUCCUUUCUGUUCCAUUUCCUAAUCAAGGAACACGAACAACAGAACGGUUAUCACGACGUUCGCGGUACGAAAGUUCGUACAGACUUAAAAGAGCUCUUUACCGACGUCCAGGUGUAUCAAGUAGCUAUAAAUUAUAUGUGUUCAAGAUUGUUUAUCAAUUUAACUCAGGUUUUCAUCACUUUAUACCUUCACGAAGCUCUGGAUAUGGUUGCCAGUUCUCUGGCUGUAGUUCCUUUAACAAUGUACCUUGCCAGCUUGGUAACGUCUUUUGUAGUCGGCCAAAUCAACAGAGCUGCCGGUAGGAAAAUAACCUACACUUUCGGAGCGAUGCUAGGCCUAGCCGCGUGCAUUUUUAUACACUUUGGCAAAGGAAAACUCUAUACGGAUUAUCUAAUUUAUCUGGUAGCAGCUCUGUUGGGUUCGGCAAGCUCUAUCGUGCUGGUUUCCAGUUUAGGCGUGACAACGGAUUUGAUCGGUACAAGAACGAAUUCUGGAGCCUUUGUUUAUGGAAUAAUGAGCUUCACUGAUAAACUAUCAAACGGGGUGGUGGUCGAAGUGAUACAGGGACUCCAUAAGGACGAGAAGAACACGUGGUUUUAUCGGGACAUUUUGACCUACGUUUGUGGGGCUUCGGUGAUUCUGGGUGUAGCGGCUGUGAUGUUUGUGAAGAGACCUCUGAGCGUCAGCGAGUCUCGAAGGGGCUUGUUGAUCGAGAGUGAUGAUACAGGAGAUGCGUUGAAUUGAAAUGAAAAUGUUUAUGUCGAAAAAAUUACAAAAUUAAUAUAUUUUUUUUUAUUUUGAGAAAUUAUUAGAUACAACUCGUAUACGAUCGAUUGGGUUAUUUAAAAAAAAGGAUGUUUAUAUUAAUUCCCUCUAUAUUUUUAUAUAAAUAAGCUGUAAAACGCAAAGUUCUACAACAAAUUAAUUUAUUUUUACAUAAUUUUGUAUUAUAUUUUUUUAAUCAUAAUUUACAAAGAUUAAAAAUAACACGUAUUUUGCGUGUGACAGCUCGCGUACAUCUAUAUACAGAUCUGAGAUAUUUUUUAUUGUAUAUUUUUAUGUAUAAAAUGUUAUUUGAGGAAAUCCUGUAUAUAAGAGAUUCAAAAAUUUAUAACAUCUAGUCUUAUUUUCCUAAAAUAGAGUACAACUCAAAAUGGAUAUUAUAGUAUUAUUAAAAAAUAAGAUUAUGUUAUUAAUAAAACUACUUAGAGAAUAUA